AUGUUUUCGAGAAAUUUUUCAAUGCAAUGGCUAUUAAUUAUCAUUCUAUUGACUGUAAUUUUAUUUUUUAAAAUAGAAUUAGGAACAUUAAAUUCAUUACUUUUCAUUUUAACUUCAAGCAGUUUUUAUAUAAAUAUAAUCAAUAUUGAUAUGUUUACAAAAUCCAAAGUUAACAAACUUACGGAAGUCGAAAAUUAUACCAAAAAUAUGCGAGAAUUCAAGAGUAAUACCGGAUCAGAAAAAUUUGAAGAUAUAACAAUAAUAUAUAACAGAGUUCCAAAGACAGGAUCUACUAGUUUUGUUGGGGUCGUAUAUGAUUUGUGUAAAAAAAAUAAAUUCCAUACACUACAUAUCAAUAUUACCAAUAAUAUGCACACUCUCACGCUCUAUAACCAAAUUCAGUUCAUCACAAAUGUUACUCAAUGGGAUGUCAUAAAGCCUGCUUUUUAUCAUGGACAUAUAGCUUUUCUAAAUUUCAAUAAGUUUGGAGUGAAACGAAUGCCUCUAUACCUCAAUUUAUUGAGAAAACCACUUGAUAGGUUUGUUUCUUAUUAUUAUUUUCUUCGCUAUGGAGAUAAUUUCCGUCCUCAUCUAAUAAGAAAGAAAUAUGGUGACACAAAGACUUUUGAUGAAUGUGUUAAAGCUAGCCAAGCUGACUGUGAUCCGAGUAAUAUGGAAGUUGGUAAUCGCUGGGCUCUAGAAGAAGCGAAACGGAAUUUAGUGAACAAUUACUUUCUUGUUGGAGUUACUGAAGAACUAGAUGAAUUUAUCCACACUUUACAAAUUGUGCUUCCAAGUUUUUUUCGAGGAGCACAUGAUAUGUUUUCUCACAGUGACAAGUCUCAUCUGCGUCAAACUAUUCAAAAGAUAGAUCCCCUUCCAGAAACGGUGAAGAAAAUUCAAAACUCAACUGUUUGGAAGAUGGAAAAUGAAUUAUAUAAUUUCGCUCUUUCUUAUUUUCAUUCUGUAAAGAAGCGUCUCAUAAAUGCUUCUUCGCAAGAUUUAAAUCAACAUUUUAUGUAUGAAAAAAUACGACCCAAUGCAAACAUAUGUACAGGAUAUAAGCCUUCAGGUAAACGGAGUUGUUCUUGUUCUUUGAUGCAUACCAAAUUUGCAGCAUCAAAUACUGUUUUAAGCUUAUCAUAUGGCCUAGUGAAUGAAGAAUCUUGA